AUGGGUACUGUAGAACAGAAAAGCACUCAUACUUCCCCUCCAACAUCUCCUAUUUCAAGGGCGAGAUCGAUUUCAGGAUCUAUUAAAAGUUUAUUCAAACCUUCAAGUGUUCAGAAUAGUACGCCCACAGUUUCACCUCAUGAAUCUUCACCACCUUUAGGAAACAGUGAUAAUUUGAAAAAAUUGGUUGAUACCAAAAGAGCUGAAUUGAGUUCUUCUCGUGGAGCUCCUCCUGUGAAUGUCAACAAUGUUAGUAAUCUAAGUAUCAACACAGAUGUUCGUCCAGCUGAUGACCAACCACAGGUGAAGUCUGCAAAGAGCCCAAUAAUUCAAACUCCUAAAAUGGCAAUGAAUAUUGUUCCACAAAAUAUUAAAAGUGUUCUAAGUUCACCAAGACAGAGUAGCUCUACGAAUGAUAGAAGUUCAAUAACUUCAGCAACAUCUUCUGUUACUUCAGCCAAUGACCAAAAAGAAAAGAAUUAUGGAUCUGGAAAUGGAAGUGCGGAUGAUAUACCCAUUGCACAACUAAGGCUAUCAGAACAAGACAGGGCUCAAGAUUAUACAAUCGAUAAUGCCCUAGAUACAAAAGAUAAAUCAAAACCUGUAAAGAGGAAUAAUUCGACUUCUGCUUUUAGGGGUAGGAAGGAUAAGAAUUUUGAAUCAUCGGAAUAUGAAAUUAGAUCCAAUUCAUUAUCAAGAAUUCAUUCAACCCCUCAAAAUGAAAGCCCAACAGUUAACAAUAUUCAUAGAGGUCGUCCAUAUUCUGAAUCAAUAUCUAUAUCGUCCCUCAAACACAUAGAACAGGAAUCCAAGUGUAUUUUGCAAGUGGAUAACUUUAAAGUAUUUGAAAAUGGUAUGCAUGUUCAUAAUCUGAAGAUCAUGCCAAUCGUGAAGAGUGCACAAGCUGAUGCGGCAAAUGACCAUGAUAGUAACGAAUUGAACAAACAAAAGUCAAUGUUUUCGUUAACUUCUAUUUUUAAGAGCCAUAAGGAGGAUUCAGGAGUAGACAAUAGUCCAUUGGAAAAUUUGGAUAAUGCAGUGUCAUUAUUACCUUCCAUUAAGAAUAUGGCUGUGUACAAUAGGAAGAGAAAUAUAAGCAGUUCAACAGCUGGUACUGGUGGUUCAGAUUCAGAUUCAAUUCCUGACGAUUUAUCGGAGAGAAUGGUCAAUCCUUGUGCAGCAAUCGGAGCCGAGGAAUUAAAACUAAUUAAUACUCUUUCUGAAAGAAUUAACGAUGCAAUAUUAUGUAAAUCUGGAAAAAAGUCAUCUCACAUGUUAAAGGAAAAGGACCCUGAUGCAAUGACUUUUACUCAACUAUAUGGUAAAUCGAUGGGUGUUGUUCUUGGGCAUGGUGCUUAUGGUGUCGUUAGAUUAUUUUCAAGAAAUGCUACAGAACGUGAUCCGCAGUACUUACAGACAUACUGUAAUGGUCAAAAGAUGUUCUUUGCCGUUAAAGAGUUAAAGCCAAAAUCAAGUGAACCAAAAGAAAAAUUUAGUACAAGAAUAACUUCUGAAUUCAUAAUAGGACAUUCAUUAAAUCAUUCGGAAAAGAAAGGUGGUAGCAAAUACUCUCCAAAUAUUAUCAGAGUACUUGAUUUAUUAGAAAUUAGUAGCGGCUCCUUUAUUGAAGUUUUGGAAUUUUGUCCAUCCGGUGAUUUAUAUAAUAUAUUAACCAGGAAGACAAAAAAUGGAACUGCUCUGCAUCCAUUAGAAGCUGACUGUUUUAUGAAACAAUUGUUGACAGGUGUACAAUAUAUGCAUUCACAUGGUGUAGCACAUUGCGAUUUAAAACCAGAAAACAUUCUGUUCCAUCCAAAUGGUUUAUUGAAGAUUUGUGAUUUUGGUACAAGUUGUGUGUUCCAAACUGCAUGGGAAAAAAAUGUCCACUUCCAAACUGGUGCCGUUGGUUCCGAACCUUACGUUGCACCUGAGGAGUUUAUUCAUGAUUUUAAUUAUGAUCCAAGAUUGGUAGAUUGCUGGAGUUGUGGUGUUGUAUAUUGCUCUAUGGUAUUAGGCCAUUAUUUAUGGAAAUUGGCUGUAAAAGAAAAAGAUCCACUAUAUAAAGCAUUUUAUGAGGAAAUAUCUUCCAAUAAAGAAUUUUACGUAUUUGAAGAAAUGAGACACGUUAACCAUGAAAUUAAUAGACUCAGAAAAAUUUCGUUAUAUAAAAUCUUCCAACCUAACCCGGAUAAGAGAAUAACAAUAGAUCAAUUAUUGCAAUCUCCAUGGAUGAAGAACACUAGAUGUUGUAUUGAUUACAAGACUAUUUCAAGUUAG